CAUGGGGAAAAAGGAGGGGGUGGUCUUUGUUUGCAGCAGGCCUGGGCAAGGAGCUGGUUUAGAAGCCUCAUCAAUUUGGGCGAUCGCAGGCGGGAAGGUGGAAAGAGGAGGAAGCCGUUUUGGCGGCCCGGGAGAGCACAGCUGGGAAAUGGAGGAGCAAGCCUUGGCUAAGCUGAAAGCAGGAAGACGCCAGAAUGUUAUCCAGGCUGGGAGCAGCAGGGAAUUUUGGGAAAGAACCAUGCAAGAGAUCCCGGGUGAGGAAGAUGCCCUCGACUCGAAUGCUCGACGCCAACGUUUCAGGCACUUCUGCUACCAGGAGGCCAAGGGACCCCGAGAGGUUUGCAGCCGGCUCCACCAUCUUUGCCGUGAGUGGCUGAAGCCGGAGCGACACACCAAGGCUCAGAUCCUGGAUUUGGUGAUCCUGGAGCAGUUCCUGGCUGUCCUCCCCCCGGAAAUAGAGAACUGGGUGAGGGAAUGCGGGGCGGAGACCAGUUCCCAGGCGGUGGCCCUGGCCGAAGGUUUCCUCCUGAGCAGGGCAGAGGUCAAGAAGCAGGAAGAGCAGCAGAGGCAGGCAGCUCUAGCUGAAGUGUCUCUGGGUUUCCCUGGGGCAGAGCAGGCGGCCUCAGCUUCCCGAGAGAGACGGCUCUUCAGGUGGAUUGUGCAAGAGUGUGACCAAGCUGCCACCUCGCUAGGCAAAGGAGUGACCCUGGCGACCCACAGUCCUUGUGGCGGAGCGGAAACGGCGGCUGUCGGGCCUGAUCAGGAUUGGGUAUCCUUUGAGGAUGUGGCUGUGUAUUUCACAGACGACGAGUGGGUGUUGCUGGAUCCGGCCCAGAGAGCCCUGCAUGUGGAAGUUAUGGAGGAGAAUUGUGGGAACCUGGCCUCUCUCGCAGGUGAUGGCUGGGAGGUCGGCGCUCGGAAUGAGGGAGACGCGCCCAGAUUAUUGCUGGAAAGAGCUGCUUGUGAACGGGAACUGGAAAAACAGAGUAAGGCGAGGGAUAUUUCCUCUGCUGCCGGGGGUGAAGCUUUCCAUGAAGUCCCGGUCCUAGAAAAAAGAGACAAAGGGAAAGAAGGCAACGAGUGCCCGGUGUGCGGGGAACGUUUCAGUUGCAAAUCCAGCUUUAACGCUCACUUGAAAACGCACAAAGAGGAGAAACCGUACAAAUGCUUGGAUUGCGGAAAGAGCUUCUCUCAGAGGAAAUGCCUUAUCCGACAUCAGAGAAUCCACACCGGGGAGAAACCCUAUACCUGUUUGGAGUGCGGGAAGAAUUUCCGCCAGAGUGCAGCCCUGAUCACUCACCAGCGUAUCCACACAGGGGAGAAGCCGUACACGUGCUUGGAGUGCGGAAAGAGCUUCUGUCAGAAGACAACAUUGGUGAGGCACCAGCGGAUCCACACAGGGGAGAAGCCGUAUGGCUGCUCGGUGUGCGGGAAGAGUUUCAGUCACAGGUCCCAGCUCACCUCCCACCUGAGAGUCCACACUGGGGAGAAACCAUAUAAAUGCCUGGAAUGUGGAAAGUGUUUCAGUCAGAACACAAACCUUACUUUACAUCAGAGAACUCACACGGGGGAGAAGCCAUUUCGGUGCUUGGAGUGCGGAAGGAGCUUCAGUCAUAGCUCGACCCUUAUGGCGCAUCAGAGAACCCACACAGGGGAGAAGCCGUUUACGUGUCUGAAGUGUGGUCAGAGCUUUGCUCAGAACGCAAGCCUUAUCUUCCAUCAGAGAACUCACACAGGGGAGAAGCCCUACGCCUGUCCCGAGUGCGGGAAGAGCUUCAGCACGAGCACCAGCCUCACCUCGCAUCGGCGCAUUCACACAGGGGAGAAGCCGUACACCUGCUCCGAGUGCGGGAAGAGCUUCUGUACGAGCACAAACCUUGUUACACAUCAGAGAAUCCACACGGGGGAGAAGCCAUUCAAGUGCUCGGAGUGUGGAGAAAGCUUUCGUAAGAAAGCGCAUCUCCUUAGACAUCACAUGACACACACGGGGGAGAAGCCGUACAAAUGCGCAGAGUGUGGGAAGAGCUUCAGCGAGAAAAGAAAUCUCACUUCUCAUCAAAGGAUCCACUCUGAGUGUUGGAACGAGGAUCCUGUAAGCAGUCAUUGGAUUCCUCCCUCUGUAGGUCCAGGAUAUGUCCCCCUUUCCCAGGAUUUCAGUACUUUCCAGAGCCCUCUGAGUCAUAAUUCCAGCCCAGGAGGAAGAUUGGAGUAUUUUAGUUUUUUCCUAAAUGAGCAGCAACAGGAGGAGGCGACGCGUCCGGGCAGCUUGGCCUCCCGCGCGCCCUUUUGCAACCAGGCGCCCCUGCGCUCGCAGCAGCAGUUCAAGCUGCGUCCGUCUCUCCUGCAUACUUUCGUUGCGUUGCAUGCUCUUGUUUCGUAUUUGCGUUCUGGCAUCCCUGAUCAAAUCCAAGACCGCGAGAGUGUGACCAGGGCAGCUGCUGAUCCAGAAUUCAUCAUGAGACACAAAAUGGUCCCGGAGAAAGGACAAACUCAGAACACAGACUUCCGGGACCGGGUCCUGAUGGAGCAGCCGGUGCCCGGAAGCGGGAAGCAGCCGGAGGAAAAGCUGCGCCCAGCUGGCCCCGAGCCUGGCGAGGCGUCGGAGGGAGCCACCCGAGCGUCUCCUGAACUCGAGGCCGGGAAUGACCGAGGCCCCACAAAGAAGGAAAUCCCGGAGAAGAUGACGAACGAGCCGGGCGAGAGGCGCUUGAAAUAUCUGGACCCUCGGGCCGCUUCCAAGUCCCGCAACGCAGGCUGGGGGGACCCUGAGCGACUGGAAUCUGAGCCAUGGGAGAACUCCAAGUCUUGCUUGGCCUCCAUGGAAGGAGCGGCUGAGGCCUACCGGAAGUUCAGAGGCCUGCCGGAUCCCAGGAAGGAAAACCGCGGGGAUUGCAGGACCCCCAAGAUGGAGGAUGAGAGAAAUGCGAGGGAGGAUCUCCUCAGAGAAGAUUUGGUCGCUAUGGACGUGCAGAGGACUCUGUUCCGGGAAUUCCGCUACCAGGAGGCCGAAGGUCCCCGCGAGGCCUGUAGUCGCCUCUGGUACCUCUGCCACCGGUGGCUGAAGCCAGAGAGGCACUCCAAGGAGCAGAUCCUGGAGCUGGUGAUCCUGGAGCAGUUCCUAGCCAUCCUUCCCUCAGAGCUGCAGAGCUGGGUCAAGGCCAGUUGCCCCCAGACAUGUGACCAGGCAGUGGCCCUGGCAGAGGACUUUGUGCCCAGGCGACAAGAAAAUAGGCGUCUGGAGCGGGAGAGGCCGGCGUUAAUCCAGGAGGGAGCUUUGAACUUCCACACGGCUGAGCCGCCCCCAGGCACCCCUGGGGAGAAGGCACCUCGCUCCGAGGUCAAGCAACAAGGGAACGGUGACACUGAUUCGGAGGGUGAUGAAGGGUGGGUGAUCGAGGCAGAGCAAGACAAUUCCCCUCUGCAGGAUCCCAAGCCAGCAAAGAUCUGCGGGUCCUCGUGGGAGAGGAUCCCUUGGUCCCAAGAGGAUGGAGAAGCUUCCGUGAGUCACGGCAGCGACGGCCCGCAAAGGAGCAAGGAGAAACGCCAAGAGCAGAGGACACCCGAGAGCGCCCCUUGCGUCGGGGACGGAGGAGGCCAGAGCCAAGCGGUCGUCGUCAAGAGGAGGCGGCGCAGUCGAGGGAAGAAGACAUGUGGCGUGUGUGGGAAGACCUUCAGCCGGAGCACCGUGCUGGCGGCGCACCAGCGGACGCACACAGGCGAGAAGCCGUUCAUGUGCCAGAGCUGUGGGAAGUGCUUCAGCUUCAAGUCGACGCUGGUGGCGCACGAGAGGACGCACACGGGCGAGAGGCCCUACACGUGCGACCAGUGCGGGAAGAGCUUCACCGUCAGCUCGGUGCUGACGCGCCACUACCGCGUCCACAUCGAGAAGGAGCUGUUCGGCUGCUCCGAGUGUGGCAAGAGCUUCGCCCAGAAGUCGCAGCUCCACAACCACCAGAAGGUGCACAUCCGGGAGAAGCCGUUCAAGUGCUCUCAGUGCGGCGAGGGCUUCAGCCGCGGCUCCAGCCUCAAAAAGCACGAGGGCUCGCACACAGGCGAGAAGCCCUUCAAGUGCCCCGACUGUGACAAGUCCUUCAACACGUCCUCGCAGCUGGUCAAGCACCACCGCGUCCACACCGGGGAGAGGCCCUACACAUGCGCCGAGUGCGGGAAGAGCUUCAGCCAGUGGCAGAUCCUCAUGGUCCACCAGAGGACCCACACAGGCGAGAAGCCCUUCAAGUGCGCCACGUGCGGCAAGUGCUUCUCCGACCGGGCCGUCCACAUCCGGCACCAGAAGGUCCACACGGGGGAGAGGCCUCACCAGUGCGCCACCUGCGGCAAACGGUUCACCCACCGCACCGUCCUGGUCAAGCACCAGAAGAUCCACAUGCGGGAAGCCUUGAACAUGCUGCGGCUGCAGGAGGAGGAGGAGCAGAAGCAGCGGUCAGAGCUGCCGCUGCCGCCCGAGGGAGCCUCAUAAAACCUCAGGAGCAUCGCCAAAUGCCUUGGGAGAGAUGCCAUGCAGACAACCAUUUACUCCAAGGGGGUUGGGAAUUGUGGGGUGUUACCGGGCUCACAUCAGCCCUGGGCAACGCAACCAAGGACCAGGCGUGAUGGUUCCCCACCCCUGUCCUAGGAGUAACCGGACGGUGUCUUCCAGAUUUUGUUGGACUCCAACACCCAUCAGUGCUGGUCAGAGAAGGAAGGAGUUGUAGUCAAGUCACAUCUAAGAGGGCCAUCGUUUCCCCUUUUUUUCUUUUCUUUUUUUAUGGGCAUUGCCGUUCAUUUGUUUAUUUUUUAUGCAUUUUCCAAUACCCAAUUUAUACAUAGUAUUUCCCCCCCAUCAUACUGUAUUUACAGACUUCCCAACCCAGUGCUCUGAGGCAUACUAGAUAUACAGCGGUACCUUGGUUGUCGAACUUAAUCUGUUCCGGGAGUCCGUUCGACUCCCGAAACAGUUCAAAAACCAAGGCAUGGCUUCCGAUUGGCUGCAGGAGCUUCCUGCACUCAAUUGGAAGCUGCGUCAGACGUUCGGCUUCCAAAAAUGUUCGCAAACUGGAACACUCACGUCCGGGUUUGUGGUGUGUUUGGGAGCCAAAAUGUUCGAGUCGCAAGGCGUUUGCAAACCAAGGUACUUGUUUUGCUCCAUAUCAGGUACUUCACCCACCCCAAUUUCCCCCCUCUUUGUUAUAGUUGCUCAUAAAGUUACCCCAGCUUGAAAGUUUAUUUGGGUAUCAUCUUCUCCAAAGCUUUCCCACUCGUCCCUUAUCUGAUUGUCAUCCUGCUUCCUUAUUUUGGCCGUCAUAUUAGCCAGUCCUGUGAAUUCCAUCUGCUUCUGCAGCCAUUUGGGAUUCCUCUCUCAAGUUUUUAGCGUAGACUGUUCUGGCAGGUUUCCUCUAGCUGUAGUCAAAGUGGUUCCUUCCAGAUGUUGCUGUACUUGCUCACCCAUCCUUCCCAGCCGGCACAGUCAGGGAUGAUGGGAGAUGUAGCCAAGCCACGUCCAGAGAGCUACAGCUUUCCCCCAUUCCUAAGAUAAACAAGCAAACCGCGGUUUCCCCAAGCAGAGAUCUUUUGCUUUUGUUCCAGAACAGAAAUGGAUGCUUCUCAUCUCCAGAACUUAAAAGGGGGUGCCUGCAAGCCUAAAGCUCACGGAGACUCACCUCCCCACCCCAUUGAUCGUGUAACCAUGCAUUUCCCAUAAGAUCUGACGGCCCACAACUCCUCCCAUUUCUGGUUCAAACCACGGUUCCUCCACACCUGCAGUUUAGAAUGCUGCAGCUUUCCCAUCCCAGGUUAACCCCACAAUAGUCCGUAGCUGCAUGCGCACAUAUCGUCUUCCCCAACCUGGUGUCUUCCAGAUGUUAUGUCCUCCCAGUGCCCAUCAGCAUGGCCGGUGCUCAGCAAUGAGGGGAGUAAAGGAGGCUGCCGUACCUCCAACCCUAGGCUAGUAUGACCCCAUGGCAAACCCCUCUUUGGUCACAGGUUUCCAUGCCCCUGCCUCUGAGUAGGGGAAGAACACACAUUCACCCCACUCCCAACUGGUUGGACACCACAGACUGACCCCCAAGGUACCUACAUGCCAUUGUAAGCUUCAGUGGUGCAAAAUUAAGAAUGGGGAACGCCUGGCUCUUGGGGUUCUAUCGGUCUCCAGUGCCCAUCAAUGCUGACCAUUUGCCACAGUGGCCGCUCAGGCUGGUAGGACUUGAAUCGCCCUGUUGGCUAACCCUGCCAAAGUGAAUUAUUAUUACAGUGGCAACACCUUGGUUUUCAAAUGUAAUUCAUUCCGGAAGUCAGUUCAAGUUCCGCAACGUUCAAAAACCGGAAGUGGAAGCCUCAAAAGCCGAGGCAUUUACUUCCAGGUUUUUGGCGUUCGAGUUCUGAAACGUUCGACUAUGGAGCCAUUCUAAAACUGAGGUACCACUGUAGAAGUAUUAUUAUUAUUAUUGGUAUUCCUAUUAUUAUGAUGAUCUAAUAUACUGUAUUCUUAUCCUGCUUUUCUCCCAAACUUAAGGCGGCUUGCAGCAUUUAAAACAGGCAUAAACAACUUCAAAUAAAAACAAGCAGGUUAAAAGCAAAAGUUAAAAUACAUCAAAUAAUGUUUAAAACCAGCGCUAAAAGUACAGUUUGCCCUGACAGCAGUCUGGGGGUCAGCUUCAUCUGUGUCUACAGUCUGAAUAAGAAGGUGUAAGCCUGCCUCCUUCCUGCAACCCCGGCCUCUUGCCCACCAGAUGUUUUGGACCGCAAUGGCCUUGUUGGCUGGGAGUUGUAGUCCGGCAGCACCUGGUGGGUGAGAGGCUGAGGACAGUUGCUGUGGACCAGGGGUGGAAUCCAUGACCCUUGUUCUGCCAGCACAAGGAUUUACAUUUGCACAAUGGAAUUUCCUGGCCAAGAUCCAAGUUAGGGACAAGUACUCUUUGGUGAGAGAAUCUUUGAAGUAUGCUCUUACAACGGCGUUCCAAAACAUCCCCUUUAUAAAGUUUCUUUCCAAAGUUUACCUCUUUCCCCAGCAUAGGAAAAUGUACAUGUUGGGUAAGUUAAAAAUUGGUUUAUUUACCAAUUCUCCAAAGGUCAGAUUCAUGUAGUUGUGCUGGCGGCAGAGUUGUUGGCAUCUGUCUGGUAUAGGAACUUGAGAGUGGCUUGUGAAAGCCAUGCAGUUGAGCUGCAAGAACCAGCUCUAGCCUUUUCAUAUGCUGAGCUUCUCAGGUAGGUGAACAAUAGUCUUGAUUCCCUAUAGCAGGCAUCCCCAAACUGCGGCCCUCCAGAUGUUUUGGCCCACAACUCCCAUGAUCCUUAGCUAACAGGACCAGUGGUCGGGGAAGAUGGGAAUUGUAGUCCAGAACAUAUGGAGGGCCGAAGUUUGGAGAUGCCUGCCCUAUAUCCUCCCAAGGUAAGCUAAGUCUGGCAGGACAGCUUACUCUAUGGUCCUAACCCCUUCAUGCACUAAUUAGGCAUGUUGGUUAUAUGUGGCUGGUUAUCCCACCCUUUCUGUCCCACAAGCUUCCUAAAUCUGCUUUUGAGGGUUGCCCAGGGUGAGGGAACUCCAGGACAGAUUUAAGGGGUGCAUGGGAAGAGGAGGAGGGCAGGAGUUUUGUUGCACCAGCAGAAAUCCUUAUGCUAAUGGAACCAAUGACUUAUUGCUACGUUGUACUACGGGAGGGUUGUUGCACUCUUCUCAUCGUUCAAGAAUUCCAUUUUGCCAGUCGGAAUGAUUCCCCCCUCUCCUGCCACCUGCUGCUCUGACACACACACACACACCGUCAAUUUUGGGGUGUGUGGAGGGAGGGGAACUCCUGUUGUUCAAGCAGAAGUCCUUUCACCGAGCUUCCGCUGUGGGGACUUGUGAGGUGAACCCCACUUCAUACCUCCUCAAACUACCCUGAGCCAUUCUGUAAUAAAACAGAAGCCCGAAUGCCAAAAACUGGAAAUAACAAAACCUCUCUGAACGUUGCAUCAAGACAGACUUGCUGCGGACAGUCAACGGCUGAAAGAGGCGCCAAAAAAGCUGCACUCUUUCUCCAAAACGGCGGACCCCACACAGGAGUCCCUUGGAAGAAAAGAUUAAAUUUCACCAAAGGAAUUUUCUGGAUUCGAACUCCCAGCAGGCAGCGUGGGAUAAUCUGGAGUCCACCAUCCAUCGCCUGGAGGGUCCCCCCAAAAUGGUUUGUGUGCACCCCCUCGCUAUAAAACCAUUUAUGGGAUGCCAGCCAACCCGCCUCUUUCAGAGUCCUCGUCUUUGAAGCUAUGCACUCAGUUGAAUGGAUGAAGCAUCUAGAUAGACAGUUGAAGCAGCGAGGAGCCUGUUGGAUUUCUCUGCAUGUCCAUUGACUAGUAGUGGGUAGUGGGUUGAUUUUUUUUAAUGGGGGUGGGAU